AUUAUGAUAGUGAGAUAAAAAAUAAAAAAAAAUUUAAACCAAAAAAAUAAAAAAAUUGUGAAAAAGUCGAGAAAUUAAAUCAUGUUCUUUGGUUCCACAAAUCUAAUUUUAUCCGUCUAUUUUGCUAAACUAAUAUCCAUCUUAAUAUUUCAAUCGAAGAAUUAAGAUAAGGGAACUGGCAAGAAAGAGGAUCUGCUGCGGCGGUGAAUGGCAGCUCAUAGAUUGGUGUGGAGACUCAGUAGCUUUCCGGUGGUAAAAGUAGAGCAACGGCCGCCAUUAACAGCAUCCCCAUAUUCUACUAGCCGUGAAAAGGAUAUGCCCCUCUUUUACAAAAGCACCACCACCACCGUCGCUGCCAAUGACACCACAAGAAAGCUGCCCAUUCUGCUUUUCGACAUUAUGGACACAAUCGUCCGCGAUCCUUUUUACCACGACAUCCCUGCCUUUUUCGGAAUGUCUAUGAAAGAACUUCUAGAAUGCAAGCAUCCUACUGCCUGGCUUGAGUUUGAGAAGGGUCUUAUAAAUGAGGUCGAGCUAGCUCAAAAGUUUUUUAAGGAUGGGAGGCCACUUGAUUUGGAAGGUCUCAAAAGCUGCAUGAGAAGAGGAUAUGCCUACAUUGAAGGAGUUGAAGACUUACUUACUGAUCUAAAGAACAAUGGAUAUGAAAUGCAUACUUCGACUAACUAUCCCAUUUGGUAUGAAAUCAUUGAAGAAAAGCUAAAACUCUCAUCCUACUUAUCUUGGACAUUCUGUUCAUGCACAAUGGGAAAAAGGAAGCCUGAUCCCGACUUCUAUAUGGAUAUGUUGAAGCACUUGAAGGUUGAGCCUACAUGCUGUGUCUUUAUUGAUGACAGGAUGAAAAAUGUUGAGGCUGCGCUUCAUGCUGGCUUCAAUGGUAUCCACUUCAAAACUGCGGAUUCAUUACGAAAGGACCUCUCUAAUCUUGGGAUUCUUUUACACACAGAAAACCCAAAUUUCUAUUGAUUGGUUAUUUCCUUGUUCAAGAUAUGUAGAUUACACAUUCUUUUAGAUUUUCAUGUAAAGCGUACAUGUUCCUCUUUUACGAAACUAAAUGUAUUAUCAUUUUAUUCAAUUUAGUACUAUAGAUGCUGAAAUUUUGGUACAAGAAA